AUGGAAGACGCCAACGACAUAAUAAAAGAAAUUAUAUACAGGUCCGCCGACGAGUGCAAUUACAACAAUGAGGAGCUCAAUUUCCCUACCGUUAUGAAGCACUACUAUGACGUGACGCGCAAGUACAGUACGACGGAGCAGCUCUCGGGGGAGAUCCUUAACAAGCUAGUCCUUAUCUGUAAAAAUAUAAUUGAAGAUAAAGUAGGUUGUGAGUACCCCCUAAGGGUGCACCACGAGGAGGAAGAAGAAGGGGAAGAGGAGGAUGAUGCAGAAGAGGAAGAAGAUGGAGAAGACGUGCAGGACGUGGCGCGAGAGGAUAGUAGCCCCCUCAGCAUGCGGGGGGUCUUUUCCGUCUCGCAAGAUGUGUUCCAUUACAGACAGUACGGACAGCGCGAACAGUGCGAGCAGUACGAACCGUCCGAACGUUACCACUGCUUGCCGGCUGGGAGGGAAUCCGUCGAGGUGUGUCGCGUGCGGCCCCGGUGCGCUCGCGCUUCGCGUGAGGAGAGACCCCCCUACAGGGACAGAAUCCCCUACGAUGAGUGCUUCCCCUACGGGGAGAGACUCCCCCUUGAGGAGCGCAGCCUCUACGGGCCGCUCAAAAUAACCACCCUGAGGAGGAAGGGGCCCGCGGAGGAGACCACGCGGAUAUGCGAACUGAGUCCACCGAGCCAGUUGAGCAUCGUGGCACUGGCGAGCAAGCAAGCAGGGAAGGGGAGCGUCACGAAGUCCAACACAACGAAGUACAGGACGAUGAAAGGUGGAACAACCAAGGGCGGAUCGACGCAGAACACACUCAAGGGCCAUCCCAUGAGCAAUGUGAUGAGCCUGUGCAACGUGGGCACGAGGAGUAGCGGCGACCCGAAGAAAAAUGAAAAGUCCUUCAUGCACAAGAAUAACCGAAAUCUGCUUAAAAUUUAUUUAAAUGGAGAUUUAUUGUGUAACUUGUAUGACAAGCUCAGCAAGAAGGUGUGCUGGGGGAUCGGCAGUGGUUCCAUCGAGACGACGAGUGUCCAGCAGAAAGUGAAGCUCUACAAUGAAGGGAACGUGUUCUUUACAUUCAAGACGCUGAGCAGGUUUCAAAGACACUGGGUCUCCUACGCCAGGAAGAAGAAGGAGCUGAGGAACAGAGCCGCCAGACAUAGCAAAGUGUACAACAGGAAGAUACUCGCCAAAUUCUACGAUCUAUGGCUUUAUCGACAUGAGAAAAAAAUGUACAUCAAAGGAGUGUUCGAAAAAAUGGUGGAAAAGAGGAAGAAAAACCUUCUCCGAAAACAGUACAAUGUAUGGAUGUGCAAAUAUAGAAAGAAGAAGAAGAAAAAUUUUAUUUACCUUGUUCAUAUCUUUAGUGAGUGGAGAACCUACGCAGAGAGGGAGAGGAUUUUACAGAGGGCAAAGGAAAAAGUGGAAAAAAAAUUCCUCAUCUGGAAAGAACGAUACAGAAGGAAAUUAGAAAAAAAAAAAAAAAACGAGCAAAUACAGAGUGUCUACAAUAAAAAUCUGCUGAUCAAGUGCUACGUCCAUUUCUCUUUGUACCAUAAGAAGAGAAAGAAAGAAAGACAAUCGUUCCGUGUGGUUAGUCUCCACACAAGGGAGAAGUUGUCCCAGCUGUACUUCUCCCUCCUGGUCAGUCGAUACAAAGAAGAAGUGCACUUUAAGGAGUACUAUUCUAGGUACCUUAAAAAGGUAAAAAAAUCCCAUUUGAAGAAAUUUUUUGCCAUCUUAAGGGGAUAUGUCCAAAGGAGCAGGAACGUCAAGAGGACGUACAACCUGCUGGCACGGCAGACUAGUACAAAGACGCUUAGUAUACAUUUUACCAAAUGGCUUUUUACCCUACAAGAGGAGAGACGAAUCAGCAGCAUGCUCAGCAAGCACCUCGAAAGAAGGUCCCAUUCUUUGCAGAAAAAAUUUUUACACAUUUUGAGAAAACACAAAGAUAAAUCAUUCAGUCUGAAGAAGACGUUUCUAAUUCUCUAUGAGAGAAGGAACCGACUGGAACUGCUUCGUACCUUCCAGCAGUGGAAGAAGCGGUACACCAUCAAUGCAACGCAGUAUAUCCUUCUGCACAGUAAAUAUAAAUAUAAGCUAAUCAUUAGAUGCUUCUCUCUUCUACGAGAUUAUGCGAAUUACAGGAAGAGGAGGAAGGACUCCAUUCAAGAGAUGCAUCGCUACUUCGUCAGCCGGGUGAAGAAGCGAAGUGUGUCGAGAUGGAUGGACUAUGUGCGCCUCUACAAAAGGGACAUCCUCCAUUACUACCAUUUUAACGACCAAGGGAAUUUCUUCAUCCUCUUUAUGUUGAAGUCUCUCCUCCAGUGUUGUCGCUUACUCUCUCCAGAAAGAAACGGGAAAACUCUCCUCGACAUUGUCAACUUUUCCAACCUAAAUUUUAACCUGAACAAUUUUGUCUUCAUCCAUAAGAAGUACCUCGUGGGGAAGCGUCUCCUUCCGAACGUUGGGACUUUGUACGACAAUGCCAUGUUCGUCUACAGAUCUCUUAACAUCAUUUCCUCCUUCGUCCCCGCCCCGUUCCCCGUCAACCUGCGCAAGCUGCGCCACAAUUUGCCCUACCUCUGCUUCGCGCUCAAGAUGGCAAUUUACAAACGCGUCGUAGACACCUGGCGCAACGAAUGCAUGCGCGUCAAGCGGUUCAGGGCGGAGUGCAGCAUGAAGCUCCAAAGGGGCUGUCUCUCCCACUUGAGGGGUCUCGUGAAGAAGAAGAAAGCCCUCCAGGAGGCGAGAAAGAGGUACGACCAAGAAAGGAAGAUCCAGAUGAAAAGUAAAAUCUUCUCCACCUGGUUGUCCCUCCGAAUGAAAUACUACACCUUCCGCAAAAAGUUCCAAUAUUAUGGCCUCCGAAAUAGGGAGAAAAAAAUGAAAAAAAUUAUACAAGGCUGGAUAAGUAUAACCAGACAAAGGAAGGAAAAAAAACAAAAUAUUCUGUUCUUCUUCAAAUCGGUACUCAUGAGAAAGAAGAAGAAGCAUUUCGACUGUCUACUCCGACAUGCACACAGAAGGAGAAAAAAAAAAGUUAAGGAGAAAAUUGCCAAACUGUACUACGUGCGCAAAUACAAGAGUAGAGCCUUCAAGGCUCUCUACGUCUACUCCAAGAACAUUCUUUUUUUUAAUGCACUGAAUAGAAUUGCCGAGUCAUACUUGAAGCAGAUGUGCGUUCGAAGGUGGAGACACCUGACAAGGGCAUUCCUGGACAGACGCCAAGAAAUGAGGGCCGCUCUCUCCCAGCUGGACUUGAAAGUGAAGCAUCGCUUCUUCAACAUCUUCUUUAUCUACGUGCGAUUGCGGCGUAUGAAGCGCAGGAAGAUGGCCCACCUGAGGCGCGUCCAGGCGAAGCUCCUAGCCCAGAAGUUUCUCAACCAGUGGAAGAGAUACGUCCAAAUACGAAGGAAGAAGGAGGCGUUUCUCUCCAACAUGAUAAGCCUCUUCAGCAGGAAGAAGAAGCUGAAGGUUAUUAGCAAAUGGUACACGCGUUUCAUACUGAGCGUGCGCUUUAAGGAGACGGAGAGAAUCCUGUCGAGGAAGGUGUUCCUGGUUUACUUCUCCGGUCUGCUGCUCUACAGUCAGAAGAUGAAGCGGAUGGAACUUUUCCUGAGGAGCCGCACCAACGUGGUAACCUGCCAGAGGAUGCUGAAGAAAUGGAGGAGACAAGCCAAACUGGAGAUAAAGAAAAAGAGAAUAAUAGACAGAAGACUAGCAGCGAUGAAAUGGAAGUACUACACAGAGUGGAAGAAUAAGUACCAAAAAGUAAGGGGAAAAAAAAAAGACGAAAUUAAAAUACAAUCAUUUAGGCAUAUAGGAAAUGUUAAUACACUACGAAAGGUUACCCACAUAUGGAGAAUCAAAUGCGAACAGUCUAGGAACAUUAAACGUCUUAUCUAUGCGACAAGCACCUUUGUAAUUAGAAAAUGCAAGAGUGAAGCGUUUUUCGCAGUGUACAGGUGUAGCCACCACUACGUUAACAUACAAGUCACGCUUACCAACCUUUUAGUAGAGAAGAAAGACAAAAUGAAAAGAAAAAUCUGGGAUAUUUUAAAACGUAAUCGGAUCAAUCGAGUUAGCAACAGAAAGGCCACCAAUUUCUUAUGUUCCAUCCUAAAAUUGAGAGCUUUCUCAGCAUUCCAGCUAUACCGAGAGAGACAAAUUGCAUUCAGGAGGGGAUCCCACUUGGUCAGCCUCAACCGGAAAAGAAAAUACUUCAACGCCAUGCUCCACUUUUUUGAGUUUAUCAAAAGGGCGAAAUUCAGUUUUUAUUCCAUUAGGGUUAAUGGGGAGAGUAGACUACGGCGCCAUUUCUUCCUCGUCUGGAUGUCCUUUCUAACGAAGCGCAAGCAAGAGAGGAAGACCUCCCGCAUAAUACAGAGACAAAGAGCGAACAGAAUAAAGGGGGCUAUCUUUUUUCAAAUUAAGAGGAGACUCAAUAGGAAGAGGUACCUGACGCUUCUACUACACAGGAUGGAUGAUCUCAUCAAAGUGAAGAUGUAUCACCAGGGUCUAUACAAAAUCAGAGCCUAUAGGAAGAUCACGAUCAUACAGGAGAAAAUCCUAUCCAAGCUGCAAAAAGACAGACAUGAAAAAACGCUGAGCAAAGCCUUCAAAUCAUUCAAGGAUAGACUAGCCAAGAGGAAAAGUACUCAAGUGGAAAAGGACAUGAUCACUCGUUUCUACUCCAAAUGGAUAAAGAGAAAAUAUUUUCGUCUCAUGUCUCAGCGGUCACGCGCUUUGUCCAUAAGGAGGGAUGCAAUCCUGCGCAGAGCAGAUACAAACCGCGUCUUGAACUUUCGAAAGAAGCAUUUCCUUUCGUGGAAGGCUUUCGUUAAGAGGAAAAGACUCCACAAGGAGCUUCACAAUACGGUGAAACUACAGAAGAAAGCUCGUGUCUUCAUUACGCUGCUACACGUGAGGGCUCAUAAUUGCUACAAUAAGGUAGCCCUAGUGCAUAGGAUACACGCGCUGGUUUACUCCCCCCGGUAUAGCAUCCCCGCCUUUGAGGAGAUCCUCGAUUGGGGGCACGCCACCCUGAGAGUGGAUCCCAAACGGAGCCAUUACCGAUCCGUGGAUAGUCUCCUUUGUGUCCAUCCGCGGAGUUACAAUGGAAGAGAUUCAUCCGAGUUGAAUUUCACAUCCGAAGGAAGUGAUGGACGUAGUGGAAGUGGUGAAAGUGGAGAAAAUGCUCAACGUGGUGAACGUGCUCAACGUGACAGACGCAGCGAAAGCGAACGGCACGACAAUCUCCGAGAUGGCGUGACCAUCGGAGACAGGCUAUCCACCUGGAACACACACCAACAAGUUAACACACUCAUUGCGAUGAACCGAAUGCAUAUACAGAUCGGACGCAGAGAAAAGAAAAACUACCCCUGCAGGGGAAAACCAUCCAGGAGAAAGAAGAACCAUUUUUACAGCUACCAAAAGGUAUGCUACUCUCUAAAAAACAGUCCCAUGAACAGACUAAUAAUUUUGUACCUUCUCAUGUGUGACCUGCACGACAUCAAUACCUUUUUCGACCACUUCAAGAAGAAGUUCAAUUUGUUAUAUCACUUUUUUUUCAACUUCCUAUCCCUCAAAACGAAGAAGUUGCUAUUGAAGGUUUUCAAAAAAAAUCGCAGUCUUAGUUUUUUCCAGGCUGUUCAUACAAAGGAUGUUGAUUUGAAUACCAACUUUAAACUGUUGUUGCUGAUUUACUACCUGCUGGGGGGAUCUGUUCCCCCUGGGGAGGGUUCACACGAAAGCAGGGCUCUCCAGAUUCUCGCCGCCACGCGCGCCUUCCUCGGAGGGGCGCAGAGAGGGGCGGGAUGGGAGAAGGCGGUCAACAAGGUCAGAACUGCUAACGCGGGCGACGCGGGCAACGCGGACAAAGCUGCAAACCCUGCUAACCAGACACACACUGCAGACGAGGCCUUCCCCCUAGGGGGAGGCAGAUUCUCAACUCCAAGCAGCAGCGAAGGAGACACGUCCCUCUCCUCGCAGAGCUCGCGAAGUGGAGCCUCCUGCUCCAUGGGAAUGAACAGAACUAUUCGGUGCACCACGCAUCUGAGGCGACUAACGCGCGGCGCCCUGCAAAGGAGCAUACUCGAUUUUGUGAAAGCCUUAAAGACUGGAAUAACAAGCCGUUUUAGAGAAACCACCCUAAGUGUGCACUUCUCCCUAAUGUGCUGCAUACGUAAAGAGAAGCUAAUCCAAGUGCACCUCUUCUUUAGCAGACUGAAAAGAUGCACGCAGUGGUGGAAGCAGUACAGUGUCGUGAAGAGCCAACAUAAGAAGGAGGACAGCAAAAGAGUAUCCACUUUGGAGAAAAAAAAAAAAAGCGAACUGUUAGAAAAAUUUUUUGGCAUAUGGGUUCUAUCCUUCAACUGGAAGGUGAAAGAAAUAAAGACGAAAAGAAAGCAGGUUUUGAAGAAACACAUCCGAUUGUUGUUUUGCUACUGGCAUGGGCUGAUAAAAGUGGGGAACUACGACAAGGCGAAAUUUCUUCAACUGAAAGAGCAAGUCGAGAGGAGGGUGAAGAAGGAGUAUCUAGACAGGUUCAUAUUUUCCCAUAUUUCGAAGAAGAGUGAAAGACGGAACUUCUCCAUUGUAAUGAAACACAGCAAUGAAAAGAGAAAGAAAACAUUCUUCUACGUCUGGUUGUUACUGUACCGAUAUGAACAAAAGGGAUGUCUCGUCCGCUCGCGUAUGCAAAGGAGAGUACUCAGAUGCCACUUUGACUCCUGGCUUGGCAUUUACGCGAAGAAACAGAUAUAUCUGCUCCUCAUUCGGACGCUCAAUGAGCAUUUGUUUAGGAAGAUCUUCGCCCACGUGGUGCACAAAUUUAAGUACUACAGUUUUAUUAAAGGGAGAGCGAUCUCCACUCUUAAGAGGUGCUUCCUCGUGCACUACAAUCUAGUUAAGCGGAACAUAACGAUUGCGAAGCUGCAGCUUUAUAUUUGUGCCUCCGUCCGGUUUACCCAAAUGAAGCACCUGUUUGGGCUCUGGAGUGACAAACACAGGAAGAGAAAAAACUGUAGAGAGAGCUACCACAUCGUUAUGAAAAAGAGAAAACGCGUCUUUUUCCACAAGUGGGUAAAGCACUUCCUCGAUAAUAGCAAACAGAAUGAAGAGAAAAUAAAAAAGUGGGAGUCCUUUUUCAUAAAGAGGUUCUUCUCAAAAUGGAUGACGCAUCACCAUUACAAGAAGGUGAAAAGAAGGAGAAAAAAAAACAUCCUACAAUUUUAUUUUAGCCAUUUGAGAAAAACAUUCCAGGUGCGCGUGUCACUUAGGGAAUACACUAGAAAGGUACAACUCGGAGUGAAGAGAAAAAUCUUUUCCAUCCUACGGGAGAACAAAAUAGUGAGGGUAAACAAGAGACGGAUCAAUCUGUACUGUCAUCAGUUCCGUGGGAAGACCCUCUUACGGAGGUACUACUCCUUCUGGACUAAUCAUUACUUAACGUGUAAACAUGUGAAGAGCGUCACGUGCCGGCUAACUCUCCUAAGGGACACCCACUUGCUGCGCGGCAGCCUGAACGGGUGGCUACUGCACACACGGAGGAAGAAAAAACUGCAGGAAAUUCACGACAUAAUAAAGUUUGAAAGAAACAGAGCAGUAGAAGCGGUAUUCAAACGGUGGAGAAGUCUGUACCUAUUUGUCACACGAAGGAGGAAGCGAUCUAUACAGAAGUUUUUCCUCACUUGGAUUCACAAUUUUAAAUUUUGUCUCUUCAUAAACCGAUUAAAUGUCUAUGUGUGUAACAUCUAUACGAGGAAUAUCUUCUGCUUCUACUUCGACCUGCGAAACAUGAGUGAGAAGUACAAUCGCCUCGCGCGGGGAGACUUCCCCUUUGUGAAAGAACAGAUAGGUUAUGCACUCGCCUGCAGAACGGAGCUAUUAUCCUCCGGAUUUAAUGCCCUCCGCGUGUAUGCACGUCACUGCAAAGAGGUGAGAAUGAAAUUAGAGAGUUUUAGAAAAGAACAGGAACGGAGAUUGAAGAAACGUCAUUUUACUUCACUCCUAACCCAUAAAAAGAAGAAGAAAAAAAAAAUGAACCUACACAAUCUGCUCCUCAAGUACACAAUAGAGAGGAAGUUUCACAAAUGCAGGACAAUCUUCUUCAUUCUCACCAAUCUGUUUUUUUAUAACAACCACUUGCGUCUCUGUGAAAGGACCAUCCAGUGCCGAAGAGAGAAGAGGGCCCUGCUGGACUGCCUAAACAAGUGGACUCGCUUUAAAAAUUACUCCAAAGAGAAUGAGUACCUCCAAAAUCUGAGCGAUGAUUUCCUAACGUAUAGAAGAAAAUCUGAAUUUAUCAUUUCUCUGAAACAUUUCUAUGUUGAGCGCAAGUGGAUGAAUUACUGCGAGUAUAACUCACUGGUUUACUACAAAAGUGUGCAGGAGAAGAUGGCAGCUCGGAUGAUUAGCCACUGGCAUGGACAGUCCGUCCUUGCGCGGAGGUUGGCGGACAGGGGUCACCAAUUCAAAGAAAGACACAAUCGUAAUGUUGUGAAGAAAUUUUUCUUCCUACUCAUCUUUUCCAUUAACAAAAUCAAGAUAGAGAAAAAAAACUUCGACAUCGUCCGCUUUAAGAGAGAGAAAAUAAUUAAACACAACAUCAUCAGUUUGAUGCGGAGCACCGCCUUGACGUCUUCUAACAAAUUGGAUCUGAUCGAUAAAACGCUAAGACGAAGAAGGGAGGCACACUUGCUUAGGACGUAUGGACUUCCCUUUCUUCGACUCCUCACCAAGAAGAAGAACCUCCGCAAAGCCCUCUUCGAUACCAAACGAAGGAACGACGCCGCCAUCGCCAAAAAGUAUUUCUACUCCCUCAUUUUUAAAUACGUCACCAAUGUGAAUCACUACAAGUACUACUACUAUAAUAAGUAUCUGUCCCUAUGGAAGUACUACGUGGUGAUGGGCGGCACGAGGGAGCACCAGUCACACGGGGGAGACGCAUGCAGCGGAGAGACAGGCAGCAGAGACACACAAAGGGGAAAAACACACGGAGAAGACCCAGACGAUGAGCUCUCCGAUAAUCCAUCAGAUAAACCCUCAGAUAACCCCUCCCACGACGGCAAAUCGGACGACAGUAAAUCGGACGACUCCUCCGAAUACACCCUGACCUCCGCACUGGGCCUGCGCAAAGGGGACUCAAAGGGGGGGAAAGGAGACCUACAAGAAUAUGCCAACCUGGACUCUAUUAACAGCUCCAUCGCGUCCUCCGAAACGAAGGAGGAAAGCGACACGUCGAACGUUGCCGCAGUGGAAGGGGCGAAGAUGUGA